AACGACAUCAUUUUGUCUAUUGUGACUGGCAAAGUUGUGAAGAGCAGGCACUAAAUUCGCUGGUAACUAAGUGGUGAUAAUGACAGGUGAUCAAAAAGUAAAGUGACUGAGCUGAAAUUAAAACAGUAAUGCAUAAACAUGGCUUUGUUGGAACUGUACACGCAGUACAACAGAAUAUGGAUCCCAGAUGCAGAACAUGUGUGGAAAUCAGCCGAGAUUAUGAGAGACUUUCAUUAUGGGGACAAUGUUCUUGAACUGCUUCUUGAAGAUGGCUCUGAGUACUACUACCCCGUUGAGCCGUCAAAACCACAGCUCCCUCCGCUUCGCAACCCGGACAUCUUGGUGGGGGAGAACGACCUCACAGCUCUCAGCUAUCUACAUGAACCUGCAGUCCUGCACAAUCUUAAAGUGCGAUUCGUGGAGUCCAGAAUCAUCUAUACCUACUGUGGUAUUAUACUGGUGGCUGUAAAUCCAUACAAACAGCUUCAUAUCUACGGAGAUGCAAUCAUUCAUGCCUACUCAGGCCAGAACAUGGGAGACAUGGACCCUCAUAUAUUUGCGGUGGCAGAGGAGGCUUACAAACAGAUGGCCAGAAACCACAAGAACCAGUCUAUCAUCGUCAGUGGUGAAUCUGGAGCUGGUAAAACAGUGUCUGCUCGAUACGCCAUGAGAUACUUUGCUGUUGUAAGCAAAUCUGGAAGUAAGACUCGAGUUGAAGACAAAGUCUUGGCGUCUAACCCAGUAACAGAGGCAAUAGGAAAUGCAAAGACCACCAGGAAUGACAACAGCAGCCGUUUUGGGAAAUACACAGAGAUCAGCUUUGACAAGAGGUACCGGAUCAUCGGAGCAAAUAUGAGGACUUACCUUUUGGAGAAAUCCAGAGUUGUAUUCCAGGCAGACAACGAGCGAAACUAUCACAUAUUCUAUCAGUUGUGUUCCUGUGCUCACCUGCCAGAGUUCAAAAAUCUAAGAUUGUUGAGUGCAGAUAAAUUCUUGUACACCUGCAUGGGCGGUGAGAUCACUGUUGAAGGUGUAGAUGACAGGAAAGACAUGGAAGAGACUCUACGGACCUUCUCACUGCUGGGGCUGAAGGAAGACUUUCAGUCAUAUGUGUUCAAAGUUUUGGCAGCUAUUCUGCAUCUGGGAAAUGUGGAGAUCAGAAGCUCUGGAGAGGACAGAUCUUUGGUUUCUCCCAGUGAUCCACACCUGGCAGUCUUCUGUGAGUUACUGAGUGUGAGCUCAGAGGAACUGGCACGUUGGUUGUGCCAUCGAAGGAUCGUUCUGGUGACUGAGACAGUGGUGAAGCCGGUGCCCAAGGGGCGGGCAGUAAAUGCCAGAGAUGCCCUCUCCAAGCAGAUCUACGCCCACCUGUUUGACUGUAUUAUUAACAGCAUAAAUACAGCACUGCGUGUUCCUGGAAAGCAACAUGCUUUCAUAGGUGUCCUGGACAUUUACGGCUUCGAAACAUUUGACAUCAACAGCUUUGAACAGUUUUGUAUCAACUACGCAAAUGAAAAGCUUCAACAGCAGUUUAACUUGCACGUGUUCAAGCUGGAGCAAGAGGAGUACAUGAAAGAGGACAUCCCAUGGACGUUGAUAGACUUCUAUGACAAUCAGCCUGUCAUUGAUCUGAUUGAAGCAAAGAUGGGGAUACUUGACUUGCUUGAUGAAGAAUGUUUGUUUCCUCAGGGAACUGAUCAAAGCUGGCUGCAAAAGCUGUUCAUCUACCUGGAGGCCAAUCCUCUGUUUGAGAAGCCCAGGUUAUCAAAUGAAGCAUUUGUGAUACAACACUUUGCAGACAAGGUGGAAUAUCAAUGCAGAGGUUUUCUUGAAAAGAACAGAGACACUCUCUACAAAGAACUGGUUGACAUUAUGAGAGUCAGUAAGUUUCCUUUUCUGGCCAACUUUUUCCAAGAGGAGGAGCAAAACACUGUGAACAGUAAAGGUGUCAAAGUGAGACCUGCCAGACCUUCAGUGAAACCAGCCAAUAAACAACUGAGAACCUCUGUGGGAGAUAAGUUCUGCAGCUCCCUCUCUUUAUUGAUGGAAACUCUGAAUGCUACCACCCCUCACUAUGUGCGCUGCAUAAAGCCCAAUGAUGAAAAGCUCCCAUUUGAAUAUGACUCCAGGAGGGUGGUGCAGCAGCUGCGAGCAUGUGGAGUCCUUGAAACUAUUCGUAUCAGUGCACAGAGCUAUCCGUCCAGGUGGACGUACAUUGAGUUUUAUAGCCGAUACAGUAUCCUUAUGUCACACAAGGAAGCAGACCUCAGUGACAAGAAACAGACCUGCAAGAAUUUGUUGCAGAGGUUGAUUCAGGACCCCAACCAGUACAAGUUUGGCCGGACAAAGAUCUUCUUCCGAGCCGGUCAGGUAGCUUAUCUCGAGAAGUUGCGCCUAGACCGGCUGAGAGGUGCCUGUAUUACCAUCCAGAAACAUGUCCGUGGGUGGAGCCAGAGGAGGAAGUACCUGCGCAUGAGAGAGGCAGCCAUCAUCCUUCAAGAUUACAUCCGUGGAAAGAGGACAAUCCGCAAAACGGUGAGUGCUGCUACACUGAAGCAGGCCUGGGCUUCAGUGGUGAUCCAGAGACACUGGAGAGGUUACCGCCUCCGACAGAUCUAUCAGGUGGUCCUUCUGGCCUCCAUCACCAUCCAGGCCUUCACACGAGGUUGGAUGGCCCGUAAACGCUACAAGAAGAUGAUGGAGGAGCAAAAAGCCCUGGUUCUCCAGAAGUAUGCCAGAGCGUGGCUCGCACGGCGCCGUUUUCAAACCAUGCGGCGGCUGGUGCUUAAUGUUCAGCUCUCCUACAGGGUGCAGCAGCUCAGAAAGAAGACUGAAGAGCAGAACAAAGAGAACCGUGGACUGAUGGAAAGACUGACAAGCUUGGCCAACUCACAUUCUCAAACUCUGGACAAGCUUCAGGGUCUGGAGGCACAGCUGGAAAAAUUAACCAACCAGAAGGCAUCCUUGGAGGCAAGAGAGAAGAAAGUGAAAGAAGAAACUGGUCUGACAAUUGCACAGCUUCAAAAGGAAACAGAUGCAUUAAAUCUUGAAAAACAGAACUUGGAGAAAAAGUUCGAAGCUUCCACUAAAGAGGCCAAAGAGAGCUUUGAUCAAAUAAAGAGGAGUCUUCUAGAAGAGAAAGAAUAUGAAACAAGGCUUAGGAAAAUUGCAGAGAACACCAUUGAGAUCCAGAGACAGGACCAUGAGAAGGAGGUGGAAACUCUCAAAGAGGAGAUAAAGAGUUUGAAAGAAGAGAGAGUCAUUCUGCAGAGAAAGACAGAGGAGGGGGACCAGGUGAACUCUGACCUGCAGGAACAGGUCAUCCAGCUCUCCAAACAUGUCAAGGUCAUUCCUGAGCUACGGAGAGAUCUUCACAGCCUACAAAAUCAGAGAAAUAACAUGGACCGAAAGUUGAAGGAACAGUCUGAACAAGCCAGAGCUAAAAUCAGCGACAUAACAAGACAACUUCUUGGAGGUGUUGUUGAAGAGGAGCUUCUUUUGGGGCUAACUCCAGACAAGUCUGAGAAGAUAAAUGAAGAUGAAGAUUUUCUGGAGACCUUUGAUGGUCUACAAAGAGCUAUCAGAGUACAGGAAAACCACCAGAAGGAGCAGAAAGAAAACUACGACACCCAAUUGGAGGGCUUGAAAUUGAAAGUGGACCACCUUCAAAAUGAGAACAGAAAACUACAAAACUUGUUCCAAGAGAAAAGUGAUGUCAACGAGAAUAUUUGCCAAGAGGUUUCCAGGCUCAGCAGUGAAAACGCGAUUAUACCGGAGCUGAAACUGCAGGUUUCAGAGCUGCAGCGACAAAAAGAAGAACUGGAGGCCCAUGUAGGCGAUCAGAGCAGAGAACUAGCAGAAAAAACUGAGGAGAUCACUUGCAUUCUUCAAAGAAAGAUUGAAGAAGAGAGCUCACGACGAAGGCACUCUGAAGCUAAAGCUGAAGAGCUGGAGGAGUUGAGGAGGGAGCUUCAAGGCCAAGUAGAGGAGCUGGAAGAGGAGAACGAUCACUUGAAGAGGAUGCAGCUGAUGGAGAGUGAGGCCAAGAACAAACUGAGACAGGAGACCUCGCGGCUAACUGCUGAGAAUAUGGACUUGGAAGAGCAGCUUGAUCAGAGAGACAGAUUAAUCAAGAAACUUCGGAAUCAAAUAAAGAGCCUUGAAACAACACAGAAAGCCAAACAAAUGUCUGCGCCGGCCAUUCCCAAAGAUUACCUCGGAAUGUUGGAGUUCAAGAGGGAAGAUGAACGCAGGCUCAUUCAGAACAUCAUUCUCGACCUAAAGCCCAAAGGUGUGGUGGUCAAUAUGAUCCCCGGUCUGCCAGCUUACAUCCUCUUCAUGUGCAUCCGCCAUGCUGACUAUCUGAACGAUGAAGCCAAACUCAAGUCUCUUAUGAAUGUCAUCAUCAGUGCUGUCAAAAAAGUCAUCUUGAGUCACCACAAAGAUUUUGAGUUGCUGUCGUUCUGGCUCUCAAACACAUAUCAGCUACUCAACUGUCUGAAGCAGUACAGCGGGGAGGAGGAGUUCAUGAAACAAAAUACUCCUCGCCAGAAAAAGAACUGCUUGCAGAAUUUCGAUUUGUCAGAACACAGACAGAUUCUCAGCGACCUGGCCAUCCACAUCUACCAUCAGUUUAUCACUGUCAUGGAAAAGAGCCUCACUCCGGCAAUUGUACCUGGCGUGUUGGAGCACGAGAGUUUACAGGGGAUUUCUAGCAUGAAGCCGACAGGCUUACGAAAGCGUUCCAACAGCGUCUACGAGGACUCAGAGACAUACACAAUCUCCUCCAUCAUUCAGCAGCUCAGUGCCUUCCACUCCACUAUGAGCCAGCAUGGCAUGGAGCAGGGCCUCAUCAAACAGGCUGUCAAACAACUCUUCUUCCUCGUUGGUGCGACCACCCUCAACAACAUCAUGCUCCGCAAAGAUAUGUGUUCCUGCAGGAAAGGAAUGCAGAUCAGGUGUAACAUCAGUUACUUGGAGGAAUGGCUGAAGGAGAAGGAACUACAAAGCUCUAAUGCUAUAGACACUUUGAGGCCGCUAUCUCAGGCUGCCUGGCUGCUGCAAGUCAAAAAGUCCACUGAUGAUGACGCCAAGGAGAUCAGUGAAAAAUGCACAGAACUCAACUCUGUUCAGAUUGUCAAGAUUUUGAACUCCUACACACCCAUUGACGAUUUUGAGAAAAGGGUGACGUCGUCAUUUGUCCGCAAAGUUCAGUCAUUACUCCAAGAUCGUGAUGGGUCCACCCAGAUGAUGUUGGACUCAGACUAUCGUUUCCAGGUCACAUUUCCUUUCUGCCCGUCCUCGCAGGCUCUGGAGCUGCUGCAGGUCCCGAGCAGCCUUCAUCUGGAUUUUUUAACCAGGAUAUGACACAGCCAGCCGCUGGACUCUCACUCCGCAUGACUGAUACAUAGUCCAGUGUAUCUUAACAACACGUUACAUAAUGAAUAUGCACCAUAUUUUUAAAAUUCAGGGCUGUGGUGAGGAUUUUUGGCACUAUACAAACAGGUCAUGCCCCUCCAAUACACCAGCUCCAAAAACAAAGUCUUUAAAAUCGUUUUUAUUAAUGUCAUUAGAGCUGCAACCAGUAUUAAUUAGUCGACCAACAGAAAAUUUAGCUUCUCCAGUGUGAUGAUUUGCUGCUUUUAUGUCUUUUAUAUCAGUAUAAAACCGAAAUUUAUUGAGUUUUGGGUUGUUGGCCAGACAAUUCAUGUAGCAAGUUCCUCACUGUUCAAAAAUUCAGAAUGAUCAUUUGAUGUCUCUGCGUUAUCUGAAAGCAAAGGGUAGCCAGAAAAGUUUUAGAAAACGGUUAAAUCAGUAUCACAUGAUUCUUCUCCUAUUUCAUUCUUACCCGGUGAAUUUCUUCAAGGCUGUACCACCAGCUCAAAGAGUAAAGAGCUGUAAAGAGUGUAUAUUAUGCAUUCAAUGAACACUUCAUUCAAUCAGGUUGUGUAUUCAAAAAUACCACAUGAAUACCACAUACCACAUACCAAACAAACUCAAGAUUCAAGUCUUUUCAUUGCAGCAUUUUAUGAAUCGUGUAUCGUGUUCUUAGUUCUCUUGAUCCCAACAGGUCUGGGGCCGAUCAGGUGGAGCCAAUUCUGUUGUUAUUAGCAGUGGCACUUUUAGCUAAGUUUUCAGUCUCAAUAGGAUGCAAUACAGCACCACGAACAACUCUUAACCUGGCAAGAUCAUCAAGGCCAUCGAAGGCCAUUGUGUAGAAAAGAAUCCUCUUUUUUUUAGUUUAUAAUGUGUUAAAAUAGGGGAAACUGUGAAAAUAAUUUGUAUGCACUUAAAUAAUCACAAAGUGAGAGAGACACACCAAACUCGGAUUCGGGUAAGAUUCCAGGUCCAGCUCGCGCGCCAAACAGCUGCGCGCCUGGCGCGCUCCCGGCGCUGGACAGGGCGCAUUUGGUCGGGUUGGCCGCUUUAUUCACGAAACUAGACCCUCAGUGUCAUCAUGUACGCACAGAGCAGCGAAUAACCACCAUCGACUUCGUGAGGACCAAACGCCAAACCAAACGCUCAGGAUGGACAUAGACACAGUUUCUGAAUUAUGACCCGUUACUGAUAACUUGUUAAAUAAAACACCAGGAAGUUAGCGGUAAGUCCGUGCAGUACGUGUUAAGUCUGUAAAAACUACCUGUUGUCAUAGAAACAUGAACCUGUCAAUUCAUUUAAAAUGGCAACUAUAACUGUAAAUGAAACAAACACCAGCCAGAGAGCCUCAUUAACAAUCAGCCAAUUAACGUAGACAUGCGCAUCACUGAAUCCCACUGAAUCUUGUUUGAGUUCAAAAAUCUAUAAACAUUCUACAGCGCAUGCGCGAUGGAUGGAUCACUAACUCUUUAUUGCGUCAUGAGUGUUUGAAGAUCAAAGCGCAGAUGAAAGACCCGAGCAUUUAAAUAGACCCAGAAUUUACUUCAGGUGGACUGCUUUUUGCUUUGAAACAACAAGCUGUUUGAGGCAUUUUUAGGACUUCUCUCUUCUAAUCUAAGAGAUUGGAAAAAUAAGUCAUCACAGAUAAGUAACCACGUUUUAAUUUAUUGGCUGAUAAAUUAUCUUGUUUAACGGGCUGUGAACAACAUUCCUAAGUAAGCAUGUCGGAAGAAGUAGUGGAUCAUAAAAUAAGUUUAAGUGAUAUAGAAGAGAGUGUUGAACGUCUGAGGGUCACGUUGGAGAAUGUAGCUGUUGACAUGGCCCUACUUCAUUCUCUAUACAAGGAACAACAAGCAGAGAAUCUAAAGCAGUGGGUAGCAAUCGAUCACCUUGAUUUUCAAAUAGGGGCCCCUCAGAAAGAAAGUAGAGAUAAAGUGGCCAUGCAUGAAUCUAAAAUACCAAUGAAACAUGAACUCGCAGAAAUUGAACAACUGCAGGAAAAAGUUGAAGGUCUGGAGAAAAAAGUGUCAGCGGGCAAACAGUUGAUACUGGCACUGAUUGCUCUUCAGCAAAAGGAAGUAGCUCUGAGAAGGGAG